GGCGGAGCUGCGGGGCCGCGUCGCGCCGGGCCGCGGAUCGGCUCGCUGGAUCCCCCCGAUCGCCCGGAGCGCAGGUUCAGACCCCCUGCCCUCCACAUCAUGGCCGGGCUGCUGAAGAGGAAGUUUGACCAGUUGGAUGAAGACUCCUCCUCCUUCUGUUCCUCCUCCUCCUCCUCCUCCUCACUCUGCUCCUCCGGCAGCCACUCUCGCUCCUGCUCCCCAACCUCCUUAGUGCCCCUGGCCUGGGACUCAGACCAGGAGGACCCCUGGGAUUUUCAAGUGCCCCUACCUGUCCAUGACAUCUGUGGCCCACAAAGUUUCACCCCUCCAUCCAUCCUGAAGCGGACUUCCUGCAAGCGCCCUGGCCGCGUCACUUUCGACGGCAUCACCGUCUUCUACUUCAGCCGGUGCCAGGGCUUCACCAGCGUGCCCAGCCGUGGAGGCUGCACCCUGGGGAUGGCCCCUCGCCACAGUGCCUGCCACCACUUCUCCAUGGCUGAGUUCACUCAGGAGCAAGCUCGAGCACGGCAGGAGAAGCUCCGCCUCCGUCUGAAGGAGGAGAAGCUGGAGACACUCAGAUGGCAGCAGGCAGAUGCCAAGGUGCCCCUGACGGCAGAGGCCAUCGAUGACGCCUCCGUGGAGGACGACUUGGCUGUGGCCAUGGCAGGUGGCCGGCUGGAGGAAAUGACCUGCCUGCAACCCUACCCGGCCCGCAAGCGGCGAGCGCUGCUCCGAGCUGCGGGCGUGCAGUGGAUCGACCGGGAGGAGAAGCAGGAGCUGCAGGCACUGCGCCAGUCUCGGGAGGACUGUGGCUGCCGCUGCGACAUGAUCUGUGACCCCGAGACUUGCAGCUGCAGCCUGGCGGGCAUCAAAUGCCAGAUGGACCACACAGCCUUCCCCUGUGGCUGCUGCAAGGAGGGCUGCGAGAACCCCGAGGGCCGGGUGGAGUUCAACCAGGCUCGGGUCCAGACCCACUUCAUCCAUACCCUCACCCGCCUGCAGCUGGAGCAAGGGGCCGAGAGCCUCCAAGAGCAGGAGGCCGUGAUGCAGGCUGCCCCAGCCAGCCCCGGGGAGCAGGCCCUGGCCUCCACUUUCUCGCUGGCCAAGCCACCUGUCAGCAGCGAGCUGGGAGACAGCAGCAGCAGCUGCAGCAGUGACACAACUGCCUCGUCCUCCGAGUCGGGCUCGAGCGAGGUCCACGGCGGCCCCACGCACCCAGCCCUGCCUGGCCCCGGCUCUGGCCUCCAGCCCAGCAUGGAUGAUGACAGUCUGGCACGGAUCCUAAGCUUCAGUGACUCGGACCUGGGCAGGGAGGAGGACGAGGAGGACGAGGACAGGGCCGGGGUGGGGAACCUGGACAACCUCAGCUGCUUCCACCCAGCCGAUUUCUUUGGGACUGCUGACCCCAUGGGCCUCAGCACCUGGGCCCACAGCUCUUCCGACCUCCCCGCGGGACUCCUGGAUGAAAAUGCCAACCUAGAUGCCAGCUGCUUUCUAGAUGGCAGUCUGGAGUGCCUGGGAGAAAGUGGGCUUCCCACCACUCCCUUGGAACUCUCCGGCUCAGCCACUGGCCACGGCAGCUCCGUCGACCUGAGUUUGUCUUCCUGUGACUCCUUCGAGCUGCUGCAGACCCUCCCGGACUAUAGUCUGGGCCCCCACUGCACCGUUCAGAAGGGGGUCCACAGCCCAGAGCACCUGGAGAUCCCCUUCUUCCCUUCACCGGCCUUUUCUCCUCCCGGGGAUGCCAGUACCUGCUUCCUGGAAUCCAUCCUGGGCCUCUCGGAGCCGCCGGCCGACACCCUGUCUCCACUCGUGACCAACCCGCUGCUGGAGGAGCCGGCCCUGGCAUCCCUGCUGGAGCCCAUGCCCGUGUGAGACUGAGGGGCCCGGACGGCCUCACAAGCCCUGUUGCUGCUUUUGUUACUUGGAUGAGGGGAGCUCUGAAGCCUCUGGCAUGGUCUCCCCUUGUCUGACUCGACUCACCCGUGUGGGCAUUCCUGUUUUCAUGCGACACUCGGGAUUGAGGGCUUUUGUCACUGCUGGUCGGGGAGGGGACUGGGAGGCUUCUUCCCCUGGCA